AUGUUCAUUGACAUUUGUUACAGAAUUAGUGCAAACAGUGGGGUCAAGAGACUUACCAAAGAUGUCAAAAAGAAGUGGAUGGACUACAAGAGUCAAACAAGGAAAAAGGAGGCAGAAAGGAGGAGGGAGGCAACCAAAACUGGUGGGGGGCCUCCACCAUCAAGCCUGACAGAAAUGGAACAGCGGGUUGUAUCAUUCCUGCCUUCAUGCACUAUUCAAGGUUGUGAUGGUGGCCUUGAAAGUGAGGAAUUUGAAUUUCAUGCAGUUGAUACAGUUGAUGCAGUUGCACACUUGAUGGCCUCAAAGACUCUCAGUGAUAAGGAUACUAUUGUUAUGAUAGAGAGGGAGAAACUGAACGUCCUUAAGGACCUGCUUGAAGUUCAAAAGAAGAGACUACACAUUGAGGAGCAGAAGUUUGCCUAUAUCACCUCUCUGCACCAAACUGGCCAAUCUGAACUCAAUGUGUCCCCAAUCAUUCAGUUUCUUUGACAAAUAUGCAUUUGCACAGCUAUUAAAAAAUCAGACU